GUUCAGUUCUGACUCUGAGAGGUUUAAAGUUGAGAGGCUUUUCUGUUUUAAACACUUCGAUUUAAACAAUAUUUAACACUGGAUUAUGGAUAAUGACGGACUCUGGCCAGUUUCAUCUCCAAAUGCGACUGACCUUUAAAUGUGCGCAUCUAGGCUGAGGAAUAUUAUUAGUCAUUAUAACAAACUACAGUCGGGUUUCUGUGUUCAAGCUACUGGAGGACACAAUGAAACCACUGCUGCUCGUGUGCGCGUUUCUGCUGCCUCUCCAAACGCUGGCACUGCCGGUGCGCAACAGAUUAAGUUUUCCCAGAAAACCCGGGAAGCUCCCAGAAACAGGGGGCAGUAUUGCCAUGGAAACGGUCCCCAUUCCUCCAAUAGUUUCGAGUACCGGGGCGAGAGAGCGAAGUGCGGUCUGGAGAGCCCUCAUGCAUAAAGGACCUCCAGUGAGACCGUCCAAUCAACACAGCAGCGCUCAGGGACAUUUCCGGGAACGCCGGCAUGUUCACAGAGAGUCACGGGGUCAGCUGAUGCGUGUGGGAUGCGUGCUCGGCACCUGCCAGGUGCAGAACCUCAGUCACCGCCUUUACCAGCUGACUGGACUAAACGGAAGACAAGACUCUCCAAUCAACCCCAGAAGUCCACAUAGUUAUGGGUAAGACAUUCUGGCUGCAUGGUCCAUCAGAAAACCCAUCCAAAAAAUGUGACAACAGUAGACCACAGACACCACCGGACAAC